UGUGAUUAUUUUGGCUGUGUUCUUCAGAUGUGGUGCUGGUUUGCUACCAAGUGCUAGUACUGGCCCCACAUAAAAUACCUGCAAACAGCUAUUUUAAUUUUUUUAAUACUUUUUUUAAAAUUAAAUUUUAAAACUAAAAUGAGAAUUGGCAGCUCUAGAUAGAGUGUAAGCCAGUGCUCACAGCCACUUGCCUUCUAAACUUUCCAAGAUUUCCUGGCCUUUCCUGCCUGUAAUCAAGUGGAUAAAUCAGGUGGUUGGAGUGUGAAGUAUUAAAUAACUGGAGGAGCCACGGCGGUCCAGUUCUCAGAGCUCACCCAGCUGAGGGAGCAGCCACAGCUGUGGACAGCUGUGCACUUCAGCACAAGGCAGGUUUAUGCUCCCAGGAAUACCAAGUUGUCACAGGUCCUCACCAGCUGAUACCAAAUGUCCUCCAAGGUGCCUCCUGGGAGGGGCAUUUUGAUGUGAAGAGACUCCCUAAAGCUGCAGGACAAGCUGAGAAAGCACAGCAGGUGGCUCAGGUUUCAGGAAGUUCUCCUGGGUAGCAUAAACCCCAUGGUACUGCAGGACUGUGAAAAUGUGAACGCUGUCCCGAAUUUUAGCAAACCUCCCAAUUCUGGAAAGUGCCCCGAGGUGGCACUGCUGCCUUGCAUCACAGGGACGCACCUGAGCCUUGGGAGAGCAGCUCCCACUGUUGGGGUGCCCAAAGUAAUGCCAGUGCAAGAGGCUCGAGGGAGGUCUCUCCCAGACAGGAAAGCUGCAGGUAGGAGCAGCCAGGAGACACAACCAUGGAGCAGCUUGGACUACAGCAGAACCCAGAGAUGCUACAAUAGGUUUUCUAACUCCACACCACUUCCACCCAGUCAUGGGAAGUCUCCUCCUCGUACCAUGUCAUGGUUUAUAAAAAAUAAAGGUUUGCAUUCCUGAAACCCUGGGAGUCACUGUGUCUGACCCCAGACUAUCCUUUGAGAGUCCUGGAUGUUGGCUCAUGCCUCUGCUGUGUGGAAGAAGAGUUCCUGAGCUUCUGGAAUUCAAGCACCCAAAUCCAGGAGGGCAUCUCUGCUCACCCAUCAGCAUGCCGUGGUAGACACUCUUGGAAGGAUUCAUAUUCUGGAGUAAGCAUCCACACAUUAACUGAUGAAAAAUGUGUAACCACACCUCGACAAGUGCUAUAAAUAAGCAUAACCCUAAACUCAACUCAAACCUUGGCACCAAACUGCAUACAGAGUAGCUAGAUGCUAAGAAACCAUUCUGGGAGCUUCCAGGCAUCUGAAAAAAAAAAAAAAACGAGUCCACCUUUUCCAGAGGUGGGAGCCCAUAACCAGGGUCUGAUCCAGAAGGCCAGGGAUUCUGCAGAAAUAUCUGUGCUGGGGUGAGUAACACAUGUAAUACCCAUCCAAGACUUCCUGACUCACUGUGUUGUGGAGGCAACUCACAGAAACAGUAUGGAAAUAGCUGUCCUGGACGACUCAACUAAUGUCUCCCCCAGAAAGUAGCUGAGGAUAUUUUGGUAAACCUUGUCCAAGGCAAUGGCACAGAAGUAAAUUAUUAACAUUGUUUCUGUCCAUACCCCUGCCACUGAGCGGGAGCAGGAAAAUCAUAAACCACAAACAAGAAAAAUCCAGAAUCUGUGAAGCCACCUGAAUGCUUCCUUUUGAGAGGAAUCUGGUGGAGAACUGGGAAAAGGGGUUGAUAUGAUGUGCAUGAUAUCCUGGGGCAAAUUAUACUGAGGCAAAAACCAAUCAGACUUUAAAAGAAUUAUAAAUCUCUCCCCAGUUCCAGCCUAGCUCAGCACACUGAGUACUGUUGGGCGACGAGAAUGCAAGUUAAUUGUUGAACAGAAGGCAUUGGAUGUUCCACAUAGGCUGGUUUUGAUUUUGGAAAAUAAUUCAGGUUGGAAAAUAAUUCAGGAAUUAUUGUAAGAGACAGGGGCGGGGAGAGGAGGAGGAGGAGCACGGGGCUGACUGUCAGCAUCAGGCCAGCGUAAUACGGCGCCGUGUGAAUAUGGUCUGACCAGAUGGUCAAAUUAAAUCCUAAAUGACUUGUGGGGUAAAUGGUAGGCGGGUUAAAGCAAAAGCUACUGGCUUUGUGCAGAGAGUAUUUUCGCUUCCCCAGUAAAAAUAUUAACAGCAAUCUAUUGGAAAAGCAAGGUGAGGCACUGACUAAGAGAGUGCGUGCUGCUGCUGUUCCCCUCACUGGGACACGGAAACCUUCAGAGAAGCCGAGGGAGAUGAAUCCAGACCCAGAGCCCCUCAGUUCCGGGGGCACUGCAGUAAUAACAGCACAUGCGAAGAGACGCGCCACACACGCACCCGAACUGCAGGCUGUGGAAGGGUUUGAGGCGGAGAAGCCAUUCAGACCCGCACCUUCGUGCGUCCCUGCGGGGAGCGGCCGAGGGUCCGGGCAGGGCGGCGCGGCCCGGGGGGCGGGCGGCCGCCAUCACUGCGCGGGCCCGCCCCCGCCCUCAGAGCGCGGGCGGGAUGGCGGCGGCGCGGGGCCGGGUGCUCUGCCUCUUCGACGUGGACGGGACCCUGACGCCGGCCCGGCAGAAAAUCGAGCCGGAGGUGGACGCGUUCCUGCGGGAGCUGCGGCAGAGGGUGCACAUCGGCGUGGUGGGAGGCUCCGACUAUGCCAAGAUAGCCGAGCAGCUGGGGGAAGGGGACGAAGUCAUUGAUAAGUUUGACUACGUGUUUGCAGAGAAUGGCACAGUGCAAUACAAGAAUGGGCAGCUGGUCUCCAAGCAGGCCAUUCAGGACCACUUGGGGGAGGAGCUGCUGCAGGAUCUGAUCAACUUCUGUCUCAACUACAUGGCGCUGCUGAAGCUGCCCAAGAAACGAGGGACCUUCAUUGAGUUCCGCAAUGGAAUGCUGAACAUCUCCCCCAUCGGCCGGAGCUGCACCCCCGAGGAGCGAAUCGAGUUCUCCGAGCUGGACAAGAAAGAGCGGAUACGGGAGAAGUUUGUGGCAGCCUUGCAGAGGGAAUUUGCUGGCAAAGGCCUGCGUUUCUCUCGAGGUGGCAUGAUAAGCUUUGACGUCUUCCCAGAAGGCUGGGACAAGCGUUACUGCCUCAAUGUGCUCGACGACGAGAGGUUCGACACCAUCCACUUCUUUGGGAACGAGACAACCCCUGGAGGGAACGAUUAUGAAAUCUAUGACGAUCCCCGCACUGUAGGACACAGUGUCCAGUCCCCCCAGGACACGGUCCAGCGAUGCCGCGAAAUCUUCUUUCCAGAAAGAGCAAACGAGUGCUGACUGCCCAGUCCCUGCAGCCCUACCCCAGUCCCACCCUCUUCCCCCACCAGGAAAAGCACCUUCAUUUGAGGAAUCUGCUCAGGGUAGACAAAAAAAAACACUUGACAGAGCUGGUCAGGAUGUCACAGUGAGUGUGGGUGGGUGGCAGGAGGGGCCUUGGCUGAGCAGCCCCUCAGCACUCCCAGUGUGUGGGGUCAUGGCACCAGACCCUCCUCCCUCCAGAGAAACUUCUCUUGACAGCUUAGCUGUGGUGGGCAGUGAUGCAGAUGCUUUUGUGGUUGGAAAGCAUUUGAAAGGGCCAAAGAGUGAGUGUGUGUCUGUCCUGCACUCUCUCUCCUCUCCUUUUCCACUUGGUUUCCCUUCAUACUUGUGCAUGAGGGAACACGUGGCUCACCUUUCUCCCCCUUGCACCUUGGCCAGAGAGGCUGGAGCUGCUGAGGCUCAAGGUAUUCAUCAGAGCUGCUCCUUUGCAGGAGGCCAGGAAGGCUGUUUGCUUCAAGCCUGUGGUAGGAAGGAGCAGCUGAGAUCCCAGCUUGUUGAACUAUUGUGGUUUGUAAUGGAGAGGUCACCAUGUCCUUCCCCUCAUUGCCACAGUGUGCCAGUCCGUCCCUGCAGAUGACCUGGGAACGACAGCUUUAAUAUGACUAGGCUGCUGCUCUGAGCUUUGUUUGGGUCCAUGAAGAAACCACUUCUUCUCUUUAGCUUACAAAAAGUACCUAGGGUUUAUUUUCUAUAUUACUCUCUAUUUUCAAGUCAGACUUUGCCUGGCACAGCUGGAGGAUCCUGGCACUUCAUGCUAUGGAACAGUUUGGGGUAGAAAGCUUUCCAGUGGUCUUCCCACUCACAGAAUUGUUAGGGCUGUAAAGGACCUCUGGAAAUCAUCUAGUCCAACCCUCCUGCCAAGGCAUGGUCACUCUGAGCAGGUAACAGGAAUGUGUCCAGGUGGGUUUUGAAUGUCUCCAGAAAGGGAGACUCCCCAGUCUCCCUGGGCAGCCUGUUCCAGUGCUCUGCCACUCUCAACAUAAGAAGUUCUUUGUGUUGAAGUGGAGCCUCAUGUGUUUUAGCUCAUGGCCAUUGCUCAUCAUCCUGUCAGUGGGCACCACCAAAGAGAAUCUGGCACCAUCCUCUUGGCAUCUGCCUCUGCAAUAUUUAUAUGCAUUAAUGAGAUUGUCUCUGAAUCUUCUCUAGACUAAACAGGCCCAGCUCUCAUAGUCUCUUUUUAUAAGAGAGAUGUGUCCUUAUGAAAUCUUACCCAGGGCAUUCCUAACAGACCAAUUCCCCUUCCCUCCACAGUGCUCAGCUUUCCAUCCUGCUGCCAGAGACAUUUUCAGCAGCCAUACCUGGUUCAUAGAGCUGCUGGAGGUACCUGCACAGCAGUGCCCUCCAAGCUUGCUCUUCACCCCCAUGUUAUCCCACACACUCAGUUUACAGGCUCACCUUUAGGGAGACAGGAUGUCCAGUGCAAUUGUCAUAUGUCCUGUUCUUCUCCCUGGAUCUUUGUGGGUUGCAAACCUACAUUGCUCCUUCUCCAUCACAUUGUCCUUUUAUUCCCGGCACUUUCAUUGUGGUGUGUGGCCACAGUGGUGACACUUGUCACAACUUGGUGCUCAAAAGGAGUUCAGGGGUCCCCUCUGGGGAGAUAACCUGCUCAUAGCUCCCCAGGGUACACAGAUCGGGUGUUUGUGGACCUGGAGAAUGCUGGAGGUUUCUGCAAACUGUCCCGCAUUAUUCCCCAGGAGCCUUUCUCACCCCAUCCCUGCUGGUAUGGCACUGUCCCGUCUCUUGGUCCUGUUUUCUCUCCCCUCUUUUUUCUGUUUCUAGUUCCCUCAUCAUGGCUCUCCAUUUUCCACUGGCAGCUGGACUGCAGGGAGAAGUUUCUCAGCUGGCUACCUACACAAGGCACCACCAUCCUCCUCAGGCGAGAAACACUGGUGCUUUUAGACCCAGGGCAGGGCUCCCACAUUGCCAUGGGCAGAGUCCCUGGUGGCCUUGGCACUGCUGCCUGGCCACAGGAGCAGGGAUACUGCAUGACCAGUGCUGGUGGGUGCUGUCUCCUCCAGCUGACCACCUCCUAACUACAACACAUCAGAUCUCUGAUGUAGCACAUCUGCAUGAGCACAACAAUCUGCCCAGCAUCCAGAAAUCCCCAACAAUUCCAUGAAUUCCUCUUUCUACCCAGGGAAGAUUUUUGUGUGGGAGAAGAGGACCUGUUGGAGAAGCUUGUAUGCAGGAGACCCUUUUCACCAGUCACGGGUUUUGGCCCUCCACUGCAGCCUUCAUGGAGGAAAUGUGUUUUGUGAUUCCUUCCUCCCUGUUUCACUGUGGAUCAGGUUAUGUGUGAGUCUUGGGGAGUUUAUUUUUCCUGUAAGUCUGUUCAUAUCUAGAAGGACCUCUAGUGAGCUAGUGAUGAGUGAAGAGCAGGGUCUGGCCCUGACAGUGUGGGGCACUGUGGUGGCCUUGGGGGCUGAGGUGACUUGCACCUUUGAAGGGAAAGGCAUUUCAUGGCUGUCCCUGAGACCCCUUUGCCGUGAUGCUUCUCUCAUGGUGGGUGCCCACAGCAUAAGUGGGGGAUUCUCACCAUGGAUGUGAGUGAGCAGAUGUGGCAUUCCCCACGCUCAGGACUGUCUUGCUGUGUGGAUCCAUAUCAGUGUGAGAUGGGCAGCUUCUGUCUGGCUGAUGACAACUGUUAAAUGAGAAAUAUAUUUAAAGACAUAGAUAUGUAUAUUAAAGAAAUUAAAAUCAAUCCUAUUAAAGCCACAACACGCAGCA